AUGGCUGAAUGCCAGAAGACAAUGCUGUCUGAAUCGGAAAUGGGUACUGUAUUGGCAGAUUCGGCCUCUAACUUGGAUGUUCCAGUGCCGUGUGAGGUGUCUCUUAGUGAUGUCAUGGUGAACUCUCCAUCCAGAACUGUUGAGGACCAUAACGCUGAAAUAACUGAAGAGACUAAGACUGAGGAAUCUCAGCUAGAUAUGUUUAGAUCCAAAGCUUCAUCCCCUGCCUCAGGCCUAUGGACAACACGACGGGAUGGAGAAGUUAAACUAAGGCUAGAGCAACAGGGUAUUGGUAGUGAGACACCAAAGACUGUUCAUGAACUAUUACAGGAAGCUGUUAAAAAAUAUGGUGACUAUUUUGCCCUUGCAUCAAAGAAGGGUGACCAGUGGAUAAAGCAAACUUAUAAGCAAUACUAUGAGGAAUGUCGGAAGGCAGCAAAAAGCUUUAUAAAGUUGGGAUUGGAGCGUUUCCAUGGAGUGGGCAUUUUGGGAUUUAAUUCUGCAGAGUGGUUUAUUGCUGACAUUGGAGCUAUUCUUGCUGGUGGUUUUGCUGUUGGCAUCUACACCACAAAUUCUCCUGAAGCCUGCCAGUAUGUAGCGGAGAACUGUGGCGCUAAUAUCCUGGUUGUGGAGAAUCAUAAACAGCUGCAGAAAAUCCUAGAAGUUCAGCACAAGCUCCCUCUUCUGAAAGCAAUCAUCCAGUACAAUGGAGAGCUUAAGGAGAAAAGACCAAAUCUCUACACUUGGAGUGAAUUUAUGAGCCUUGGCAGUGAUGUUCCAGAUUCCCAGCUUGAUAAGAUCAUUGAUUCCCAGAAGCCUAACCAAUGCUGUACACUGAUAUAUACCUCAGGAACAACUGGACAGCCAAAGGGCGUUAUGCUCAGUCAUGAUAAUAUAACUUGGACUUCACUAUCAGCAGGGAGCUACGUACAACUGACAGAAGCUACCGAACAACAGGAGCUGGUGAUCAGCUACCUUCCCCUCAGUCAUAUUGCUGCUCAAAUGAUUGAUAUUUGGCUGCCAAUAACAUUUGGUGCACAAGUUUUCUUUGCUCAACCAGAUGCACUGAAGGGCAGCUUGAUAGACACCUUACGGGAGGUGAGACCAACAGCUUUUAUGGGAGUUCCUCGUGUCUGGGAGAAAAUACAAGAAAAAAUGAAAUCUGUGGGUGCAAAAUCAUCUGCUCUCAGAAGAAAAGUGGCAGCAUGGGCUAAGGAAGUAGGAUUACAAACUAACCUGAAACGGAUGAACGGGGCUUCUGAACUCCCAAUGAACUUCCGUCUAGCCAGGCAGUUGGUAUAUAAAAAAGUUCGGAAGGGUCUUGGACUGGAUCGAUGCACAAAAUGCUACACUGGGGCUGCCCCAAUUACUAGAGAGACUCUGGAGUUUUUCCUGAGUCUUGACAUUCCUGUGUAUGAGUUGUAUGGCAUGAGUGAGAGCUCUGGACCUCACACAAUCUCUCUUCCAGACGCGUUCAGAAUCACUAGCUGUGGAAAAGAGAUUACAGGCUGCCGGACAAUGAUUUACAAGCCAGACAGCGAUGGCAGUGGAGAGAUCUGUUUCUCAGGAAGACACAUCUUUAUGGGCUAUUUGAACAUGGAAGAUAAAACCAAAGAGGCAAUUCAUGAAGAAGGCUGGCUACAUUCAGGUGAUCUUGGCAAGCAUGACAGAAAUGGAUUCCUUUACAUCACUGGAAGAAUUAAAGAGCUCAUCAUUACUGCUGGAGGGGAGAAUAUCCCUCCCGUUCCAAUUGAAGAUGCUGUAAAGGAGGCUGUUCCUAUAAUUAGUAAUGCUAUGUUAGUUGGAGACAAAGCAAAAUUCCUUGCUAUGCUUCUAACUCUGAAGUGCAAUGUAAAUGAAGAAACAGGGGAACCACAGGAUGACCUUACUCCAGAAGCCAUAGCAUACUGUCUCGGAUUAGGCAGCAAAGCUACAAAAGUCUCAGACAUUGUAGGUGGCAAAGACAAAGCUGUUGAUGCUGCUAUCCAGAAGGGAAUUGCAUUAGUCAAUGAGAAAGCAAUCUCAAAUGCACAGAAAGUACAGAAGUGGGUCCUUCUAGAAAAGGACUUCUCAGUCGCUGGUGGAGAGCUAGGUCCAACGAUGAAACUGAAGAGGCCUGUUGUAGCAAAGAUGUAUAAAGACCAAAUAGACCACUUCUACACUGAUGGGGAAACCACAUCCGCAAAUCCUCUUUCAAAGUAA